AUUAAAGAGGCAACAAUUAUUUCCCACAGUUUCAAUUGUUUUCUUUAGCUUCAAAUAAUUUUACAGGGCAUUAUCGUCGUGUAUACUCGUUCUUAGCGUACACUUUUUUAACUGUGCAAUUAGCACAUAUAAAUAAAGUAUACGCUAUAUGCAUUAAAGUAUAAUAACUUCACUUUGUCUAAUUUUUUAAUAACAAAAUUAAACACAAUUAUUUACUUGAACACACAUUCAACUAUUUAUUAAAAAAUUGUAAAAUUCUCAGAAAUAGUGGGCAAUGGAAUGUUCUAAAAAAUAUGCUUCUGAAUACGCCGAAAUAAAAUACUUUCGAAACUAUAAAAAUUCAGUUUCAAACAUUCUUUCUUUAGAAGACGAUUUUUUGGUCGUACGCAUUUUAAUUUGAUACGACACAUAUCCAAUACUUAUCAAAAUCGGGGGAAUGGGAGGAAGAGAUACUUGGGUGUUUCCGCGUAAGUUAUUCUUUACAAACUGGCUUUAUUAUCCAUUAUACAACAGUACUGCGUUUUGCGAGAUAGAGAGAAAAAAAGUUAAAGGCGGUAUCAGCAUGCAUAUGUAUACGCCGAGCGACACGCAGACUCGAGGCCGCAGAGAACGCUCGACGCCACGUUUCACGUUAUCGUUCGCGGACUACACACGUGAUCGCGCUCGAUCGCGCGCGCGCUCUGCUUUACCGACCACCUCUAAAAGUCAAAGGAUGCACGGCUGAAAUUACACGCUCUUUCGUUUCUCUAGUAGCACGUCUGAUCUGGGGGAAUGCCACAUUCACGAGGACAGUUCGGCGAAACGACUCCGCUCCUAUCGAGGCCGAAUGUUACACUCUCUCGAAGUUGCAACCUCAAGAGGCUUCUCCUACGGAGGAUACCGAUUCUAGCAUGGCUGCCUCUAUACAGUUGGAACAAACUUCUACAGGACACUUUGGCAGGGUUGACAGUGGGUCUGACCGCGAUACCGCAGGGCAUAGCGUAUGCAAUAGUGGCUGGACUUCCGGCACAGUAUGGCCUGUACAGCAGUUUCAUGGGUUGCUUCGUUUAUCUGGUCUUCGGUAGCAGCAAGGAUGUGACGGUGGGACCUACCGCGAUAAUGGCAUUAAUGGUGCACAAGUACGUGUCCGAUCUUGGAGAAGAUUUCGCCGUGCUCGUGUGCUUUUUAUCAGGCGCCCUGAUCACGAUCAUGGGAGUGCUUCAUUUGGGGUUUCUCGUAGACUUUAUAAGCAUGCCUGUAAUUUGCGGCUUCAGUAAUGCCGCGGCGAUUAUUAUCGCUACUUCUCAAUUAGGUACCUUGCUGGGUAUAAAAGGACGUAGCGACUCUUUCAUCAAUGCUAUUUCGGACGUUGUUAAUCGUAUAAAGGACACCCAACCUUGGGACACGGUACUAGGAGUGUGCUCGAUGGCGGUACUGAUUCUCCUCAAGAAACUGCCCGGCAAGAAGCUGGGGACUCCCUUUGAAAAAUUCAUGUGGUUAAUCUCGCUGGCCAGAAACGCCAUAGUCGUGAUGAUUGGCACUCUCAUAGCCUACGUGCUAUUCUCUCACGAAAUUAGGCCUUUUCACAUUACGGGCAAUAUAACCGAGGGUUUGCCACCGUUUUCUUUACCUCCGUUUACCAUCGUGAACGGAAACCGUACGUAUACCUUCGUAGAAGCAGUCAACGAACUUGGCAGCGGCAUCAUCUCGAUACCACUCAUCGCUAUCUUGGAGAGCAUCGCCAUCGCUAAGGCAUUUGCGAAAGGGAAGCCUCUUGAUGCCAAUCAAGAGAUGCUGGCACUCGGCCUCUGCAACGUAUGCGGCAGCUUCGUGAGAUCGAUGCCCGUAACUGGAAGUUUCACUCGUACCGCCGUUAACAAUGCGUCCGGCGUCAAAACGCCGAUGGGUGGUGUUAUCACCGGCGGUUUGGUGCUUUUGGCAUGCGGCCUGUUGACAUCUACUUUCAAAUUUAUCCCCAAAGCUACGUUAGCGGCGGUCAUCAUAAUCGCGAUGUUCUACAUGUUCGAAACACAAAUUUUCCUUGUUCUCUGGAGAACAAAGAAAAUCGAUCUGGUGCCGUUGAUAGUGACAUUAUUAUGUUGCUUGGCGGUCGGUUUGGAGUACGGUAUGAUCGCCGGGAUUGCGGUAAAUCUAAUUCUCUUACUCUAUUUCGCGGCCCGGCCCGGGUUAUUGAUCGAAGAGCGGAUCGUUGAUGGCUUGACCGUGCUUUUCGUAUCGCCCAAGCAAUCCCUGAGCUUCCCAGCAGCGGAGUAUCUCCGAGAGCGAGUAAUGUCGUGGUGCGACAAGAGCCCGGCAAGCUUACCAGUGGUAGUGGAGGGCCGUCACGUGCUGAGAAUUGAUGCCACAGUCGCGAAAAACCUGGCACUGCUCCUGUCGGAUCUCGCCGCGCGGGAUCAGAAAAUCAUUUUUUGGAAUUGGUGCGAGGACGCCAGACGGACUUUGAUAAGUUACGACCCGUCACUCGCGACCUAUUGUAGAUCGUGUGGCAGCAUAGCGCAGAUAUUUUCAGGCGAGACUGUGAUUAGCUAACGGAGUUACCGCCAUAACGGACAUGUGUUCACUAGGAUAAAUUAUUAAGCGGCCAAGUUUUCUCAGUGCAACGUUAACGUGUACAGCAAAUGAUACUAAUAAUAUUAAACGUGAAUUCCGAAAACAA